GACUUAUCCGGAAUUAUAAAGUGUUGGUUUUGAAUCUUACAAUGAUAUGCAUGAUUUCCUGUUUGUGUUCUUGUAGCGAAUAGCACGUGUAGAUAAAUAUGGGCAGAAAAAGGGAUCCUACACAGGUUGUAAAAUCUGGGCCGGGCAAAAAAGCGAAAAAACAGCAACCACCGACAUUUCCAGGGUUACUUGACGAAGAUGCUACAGACAAAAAGAAACUGAGCAGUCGACAGAAGAAACGAUUCAAGAAACGAGAGACAAAGAAACAAGAACUUAUUGCUAAGAAGAAAGAAAAAAGAGAAAGUUACCAGAGACUGAAGACCAAAAAGCAGCAGAAAAAUGGCGUACAGAAAGGACAGGUGGAGCCCAACAAAGUAGGUACGAGUAACCAAAACAACAAGAAAAGGAAGAUGUCAGAAGAGGAGGAGGACAGCGAUGAUGAUGAUGAUGAUGAUGAUGAUGAUGAUGGAAUCAUUGGUGAAAUGAAAGAUGAAGGUACCAGUGACGAAGAAAGCAUGAGUGGUGGUGAUGAUGAUGAUGAUGAGUUAGUUGAAGGAUACACUGAUGAUAACAAACUCUGGCUAAAACCUUCCAAACAGAAAAAGGAUGAUGCUGUCAGUGAAUCUGAAGACGAGGAUGAAAAUGACAGUGAUGAUGAUGAUGAUAUAGCAGAUGAAUUUGACAGUGAUGACAAUGAAGAUGAGAAGGAGGGAGAGGAAAGUGAUGAAGGGAUGUUACCAAUUGAAAAAGCUGCUAAGAAGUUAAAUAAAAAGCAGGAAAAAGACAGAAAAUUGGCAGAGGCAGAGCUUCAGACAAACAUAGCAGACAUGGAGAAAUACACACUACCCAGUGGACAAGAAAUCGAAAAAGAAAGUCAUCAGACGCCGGACCUACAGCUGAUUCAACAGAGGAUUAAGGAGGUUCAGCAUGUACUGGGGAACUUUAAGAGUCGGAGAGAACCAGACAAAAGUCGGACAGAUUAUCUGGAUCAACUUAUCAAGGAUCUCUGCACUUACUACAGUUACAACGAGUUCCUCAUGGAGAAACUUAUACAACUGUUCCCUCAUGAGAUUGCGGAAUUUUUGGAAGCCAAUGAAGUACAGAGACCGGUGACAAUUCGUACAAAUACGCUGAAAACACGACGGAGGGACCUCGCUCAGGUUUUAAUCAACAGAGGAGUGAAUUUAGAUCCCAUUGGAAAGUGGUCAAAAGUUGGAUUAGUUGUAUAUGACUCGCAGGUGCCCCUAGGAGCCACGCCCGAGUAUCUGGCCGGUCAUUACAUAAUUCAGGGAGGAUCCAGUUUUUUACCUGUCAUGGCUCUUGCCCCUCAGGAGAACGAAAGAGUGCUGGAUAUGUCGUCCGCUCCAGGAGGAAAGACAACUCACAUCGCUGCGAUUAUAAAGAACACGGGCGUUAUAUUUGCCAAUGAUGCCAACAAAGAUCGAGCAAAAGCAAUAGUCGGCAACGUUCACAGAAUGGGCAUUACCAACACAGUCAUCUGUAAUUACGACGGGAGAAAGUUUCCCACCGUUAUGCAUGGCUUUGAUAGAGUUUUGUUGGAUGCUCCGUGCAGUGGAACUGGGGUCAUUGCCAAGGAUACAGAGGUCAAAAUGAACAAGGAUGAGAAAGAUAUCCAGAGAUGUUCCCAUUUACAGAGAGAGCUAUUACUGGCAGCCAUUGAUUGUUGUGAUGCAAAGUCCAGUACUGGGGGUUACGUGGUGUACUCCACGUGUUCUAUACUCGUGGACGAAAAUGAAUCUGUGAUCGAGUAUGCAUUAAACAAAAGAAAUGUGAAACUGGUACCAACCGGAUUAGACUUUGGAAAAGAGGGAUAUGUCAAUUUUGAGAAACACCGAUUCCACCCCAACAUGAAGCUGACCCGACGAUUCUAUCCACACACCCAUAACCUGGACGGAUUCUUCGUGGCCAAAUUAAAGAAAUUUUCUAACAAAAUUCCAGGCGAGGAGGAGAAGACACGUGUAGCAGCAGAAAUGGCAGAAUCUGUGAAUAUUUCUGAGGAGAAGAAAGAAAUCCCCGAGACAGGGGAGGACAUAAGUGGCAGUGAACCAGUUAAAGGCAACAAGAAAAGUAGUAGUGAACCAGCUAAAGUCAAACCAGGAGUGUCCUCAGUGAAGCAGGGGAACCAGACAGGGGGAACCAGCAAAUGGGAUAAAAAAGACAAUACGAAGAAGACAUUCAAACCCGGAAAAUUCAAAAAAUUCCGGAGCAGUGGAGGAAAAGGAAAACAAAUCAAACAGAAAAAGAAAACAAAGACAAAGAAGUGAAUUUAAUGAAGAUUUUGUAUUGCUUUAGUGUAAAUCAAGAAUCUGAUGAAUUAUAAGCAAGAAGUGUUUAAGAUCUGAAUUAUCAGAAAUGUAGGUCGAGAAGACAUAGUUAUUUUAAAUACUUCCUCUUUCAUCAAGAUUUAUUUAUAGAAUUGAAGAAGCAAAAUGUUGACAUCCUGUGGUCAUGGAAUUUAAAAAACUGAAAAAACAAAAUGCUGAUAAAGUACAACCUUUAUUUCAGAUUCCUUGUGAAAAUUCAAUAUACAAAAUGUUUUUCAAUGUAAAAUGAUGGCAGUGCCUGUACUUCCAACAACUGGGGAAUACUAAAAUAAAAGACAUGAAAUCUUGAAA